CGAGGGAGGAAGGAGGAGUGACUUAUUUGUGAAGUUGAGAGUUGGGAUGAGCGGCUGGUUGCCGUCGUGGCCGGACCGGGCGCAGGGGGCUGCUGGAGGCUCUCUCUGGUUUUGUUCGGCACUCGUCCCAGACCAGCUGGACUUCAGGGCCGCACAGAUUCCCGUCUAGCUCCCAGAGAGGGCCCGGGCCGUGGAAGGGGCUCAGAGGAGGGCUGCCCCCGCCAUGGAAUGUUGGAGAUUUGCGUCCGGGGCUGCAGGAAGUGUUUCUUCCCCCUCACGGGUUCGGAGACUUGGGUCUGGAUCCAGAAAGUCUGCGUGCCUCUUGGAAUUCCCUCAGAGACCCGGAACGUCCCGUCAGGAGCGCCGUGGCUUCGGUAAUGGCGUAACGGGCCAGAGGCGGCCUCCGGCCAUAUAAACGCCAAUGCGUUGGAUUUGCAGCCACUGCUGAUCCAGACGAGGAAUUCAGGAUGCGGCGCUUUGACCAGCUGAGGAAGACGUUCCCCUUCCUGGCGCACUUCCACGUCUACAGAAAGCUGGGCAGCAGCAUGCAGUGUGAGGAGGGCACCGAGUGGCUGCUGGAGCUGCUGAUGGAGGUGCAGCUGCAGCAGUACUUCCUGCGGAUCCGGGACGACCUGAACGUCACGCGCCUGUCCCACUUCGACUACGUCAAGAACGAAGACCUGGAGAAAAUCGGCAUGGGUCGACCUGGGCAGAGACGGCUGUGGGAGGCUGUGAAGCGGAGGAAAGCCAUGUGCAAGCGCAAGUCCUGGAUGAGCAAGGUGUUCAGUGGGAAGCGUCCAGACGGAGGAGACUUCCCCCAGCAAGGCCAGCCCGCCUCCUCCUUCCGUAAACGGUCUCCCACGCCUCCGCUGGCGCCCGGGGAGGGCGUCCAGGCUCCGCCCCCCGGCGAGCAGCAGCAGGCCCUGACCUGCUUGAUCCCGGAGAAGGACCUGACGCUGUUCGAGAAGCUGGGCGACGGCUCCUUCGGCGUGGUGAAGAGAGGCGAGUGGCUCACUCCUGCUGGGAAGCUGUUGAACGUGGCGGUGAAGUGUCUGAAGACAGACGUGCUGAGCCAGCCCGACGCUCUGGAGGACUUCAUCUGCGAGGUCAACGCCAUGCACUCCCUGGACCACCAGAACCUCAUCCGGCUGUACGGCGUGGUGCUCACACACCCGAUGAAGAUGGUGACGGAGCUGGCCCCCCUGGGGUCGCUGCUGGAGCGCCUGCGCUGCGUCCGCCCGCAGGGCCCCGUGCUGAUCCACACGCUGUGUCAGUACGCGGUGCAGGUGGCGGGAGGCAUGGCCUACCUGGAGCAGAGGAGGUUCAUCCACCGGGACCUGGCGGCUCGGAACAUCCUGCUGGCCUCUGCUCACAGAGUGAAGAUCGGCGACUUUGGCCUGAUGAGGGCGCUGCCCAACAACCACGAGCACUACGUCAUGCAGGAGCAUCGCAAGGUCCCCUUUGCGUGGUGUGCUCCGGAGAGUCUGAAGACCAGGACGUUCUCCCACGCCACAGACACAUGGAUGUUUGGAGUCACGCUCUGGGAGAUGUUCACACACGGGCAGGAGCCGUGGCUGGGCCUGAACGGCAGCCAGAUCCUCCAUAAGAUUGACAAGGAGGGAGAACGUCUCCCGAAGCCAGAGGACUGUCCCCAGGACAUCUUCAACGUCAUGCUGCAGUGUUGGGCCCAGAAACCGGAUGACAGGCCCACGUUUGUCGCCCUCCGCGAGUUCCUGCUUGAGACCAUGCCCACAGACAUGUGUGCUCUGCAGGACUUCAGCGAGGCCGAUAAGCUCCAGAUCCAGCUCAACGACGUGAUCACCAUCAUCGAGGGGAGGGCGGAGAAUUACUGGUGGCGAGGUCAAAACAAGCGCACCCUCAAAGUGGGACAGUUCCCCAGGAACGUGGUGACGGCGGUGGCGGGGCUGUCGGCGCACGACAUCAGCCGGCCGCUCAAGAACAGCUUCAUCCACACGGGACACGGAGACAGCAACCCCCACCGCUGCUGGGGCUUCCCGGACAGGAUCGAUGAUUUGUACCUGGGGAAUCCCAUGGACCCUCCUGAUGUUUUGGGUUUGGACCUCGGUGCCGCUCGGCCCACACAGCUGCCGGGACGAGCCAGAAAGGAGCCUCCGCCCCGCCCUCCUCAGCCAGCUGUGUUAAUGAAGAGUAAGUCUGGUUUCUCUCAGCAGCUCCCCACCCAUUGCUCCUGCCACCUCUGUUCCCUCCUAGCUCCACUCCUCAAAGAGCCUUGCUACGAUCCAGUAAAUGAGGAUGAGGAUGUAACGUUUUCCGGACUGAAACGAUUAUCACUCCGGAAGGCCGGUUCGGUCAAAGGCCUCAAGCUGAAACCCGCAGCCUGGGUUUCUGCCACCAGGCAGGGCAACAGCAGGACCUCGGGCUCCGGCCACCACCCCAGCAGCGAAGUGUCCCUCAUUGACUUUGGGGAGGAGUUUGGCCCGUCCACACCCUCCCCCUCCCCCGGGGUGGAAAUCCAGAUCCCCACAUUAGCAAAGCUGGCGCUGGAGGCCGAGAACAUCAUGGACAGGACUCCUCCUCAGAGCCCGUCCAGGUCGCUGCCUCGGCCUCUUCAUCCCACACCGGUGGUGGACUGGGAUGCCCGGCCGUUACCCCCUCCCCCUGCCUACGACGACGUGGCACAGGACGAAGACGACAUGGAGGUGAGCUCGAUCACCAGCUGGGAGCAGCAGCACGGCGAGCAGAGCGACGUCCGUCACCCGGACGAGGCGCCGUCGUCGGGACAGACGGUGGAGGGUGAGACUCAGGUCUCCAGAGCAGGUCUGGAGGACAACCUGUUCCUCCCCAGCAAGCAGAGCUCCAGCUUGUCCACCUCCUUCUCACAGUCUGCGGAGAUCUUUCAGGAGCUCCAGCAGGAGUGCAUGAGGAGGCUCAACGUCCCGGCAGGAAGCGCUCAGCCGACUUCAGCCUCGUGUCCCCAGACCCCUCUGAACCCCCAGACCCCAGAGGGACAGCCGCAGACUGCCCUGUCCUCCACUGAGGACAAGCCUCAGAUCCCCCCUCGUGUUCCCAUCCCGCCUCGACCCGUGAAACGGGGCGACUACACGGCGGCGCGCUGGUCCAGGGACCUCUCCGUCUCCCCCUUGCCAGCUGACCCCUCAGGAGACGUUUCGGGCUCGUGCCCGGACCACCCGCCUCAGAUCCCGCCCAGAGACCCCCUGUCUCAGCCCGGCUCCAGGACUCCCAGCCCCAUGGGCGUGGUGGUGGGCUCCCCCCAGCAGAGGGUCUACUCCGUCAGCCCCUCGGCACACACCUACAGCUCCUACCUCUCCACCUCUCCGGGGAAACUCAUGCCUACGACACACAGCUUCGCCUCAGACCCGAAAUAUGCUGCACCCAAAGUGAUCCAGGCGCAGGGGAAGGACGCCGGCGGCAAAGGCCCCUGCAUCCUGCCCAUCGUCCGCGACGGCCGCAAAGUCAGCAGCACCCACUACUACCUUCUGCCGGAACGGCCGCCGUACCUGGACCGCUUCGACCGCUUCUUCAGGGAGGCGGACGGCCUUCCCGCCGGCGGCACGGAGGACAGGCACGCACGGCACGCCAACACGGCCACCGUCAGGCCCAUGGUGGUCGGCGCACAGACGGUCCAGGGCCAGGCUCUCGGGCCGGGGGUUGUCCAGCCCGGCGAGCUGAAGGCCAACUUCUCCUCCAACAAUAACAGCAGCCUGAGUGGACCUCGGCCGGCGAUGAAGACAUCAGUCAGCCUUCCUCGCGUCUGCUCCGACGGCCUGACGGCACCGGCCGUCGCUAAUCCCUGUGCCAGGACGGACGGAGGAGGAGGCUCGGCCGACAGGGUCAAAAUGGUGCAGGAGGCAGUCCAUGGAGUGACCAUAGAGGAGUGCCAAGCUGCUCUUCAGAACCACAACUGGAACGUACAGAAAGCUGUUCACUAUCUGAAGGUGGAGCAGCUGUUCUGUUUGGGCCUGAGGAGCCGCUCCGACUGCCUCCAGCUGCUGGAGGAGUGCGACUGGAACCUGGAGGCGGCCGGCACUCAGAUGCUGGACAGCUAUGGAUCCACCAGCAGGCAGAGACGGUGACAGAACUCUCAGGAACUGAUGGGAACCCCACCUUGCUCAGACCUCCGGGGUGGAGGGGAUGUUCUCCUGCCCCGCUCCGCCCGUCGCCUCCGUCAGACCAGGAUGAAGCACAGAACGCUGAACCCAGCCCGAGCGCCGGCGAGGCGCUGGGUCCUGGACGCUCUGCCACUGCUGCACUGACUGAGAAACAGUCCGCCGCCGUCCAGAAGCGACCGCGCGUUGUGUGACGGCGGGAUGUCAGACUCCGGCGUCACGCCGUCUCCACUGCCACAGAGUCAAGCCGACCCGCCGCGCGCCGCUCUGCCGGAACCCUGAGAUGAGCACAAUGUACACACAAGCACUUUCUCACCAGAUCCACUCUGCCAAACCCACCAGGUCAAAGGUCAGCCUCCUGCAGCAGCUGCAGUUCAGGAAACCCUGACCUCAUGAGAUCAUUCAGGAUGAUGAGGAUGAUGAAGGCUGCUGCUGAAAGGAGGAAGAUGAAGCUCUGCACUGAGGAACCGCUGCUGCUGCUUUAACGCUUGGAGACAGGAAGUCCAGUUCAUCUGGUCUCCACCAGGAGGAGCUGUUUGAAUCUUCAGAGCAGCCGUAGAGCGGUUUACCUCCACCCUCUGAGAUUCAUUCCUCAUUCGAUUAAAGAAGAAAGAAAGUGGAGUUCCCCAGUCAGUAGAACCCUCCUCCACCUUCACUCCUCCACCUCCUCCACCUUCACUCUUCUCCUCCCAUGAAGCACUUUGUCCCGCCGCCGUCCUGCUGCCUCAGCUCGCUCUGCGCUGGCGGCGAAUAACGAUCCCGUCUCUCAGUCACCACGGAAACCCACAGCUGUUAUUUUGGGCUGGAGGGCCGCUCUGGCUCUGGAGGGACUCCAUUGGACCGUAGAGGUUCUGGCCGCCGCCGCCGCCGUGAAGACGGUCGGCAAGCGGAACAUUUCGCCCUGACCUUCGUCCCUGUGAAGUUUGACUUUUGAAAUCUGCAUGUGAUCAGAGGAAUGUUGAAAAAAGGAAAGAAAAAAAACCCCAACCAGUGGUCUUCCUCUGAAUCGCCGUAGGACGGCCUGUCCCCUUUGUCCGGUGUGAGACUCGGUCUGGACGGACGCCACAGGAAGCCUCUGGAGCCAGCCGGCCGGACCGAGGCCUCAGAGCUCAUCCUGCCGGUCAACGCUUUCUCCGGCUGCAGCACGUCCGCUCCCGUUUCGUCCGUCCCUCAGGAAGCGGAGAUCUGGACCCGUCUGGACCUGAAGAGAAGAGAAGUGAGUGGACUCCCGGAACUGGCUGGAGGCGGGUUCUGCCAUCGUCCUUCGCUCGCCGUCUCCUCCGUCCCUCCACAUCUCGUCGGUCUCAAGCUGCUGCUGUCGUGUCAGAAGGACCGAAGUGAUCAAACCCGGUGUGGUGUUCGAACCCGGAUCCCCGUUCCUGUCUGCCGGAACGCUUCCUGCUCAAACGGUUUGAAACUGAAGAAGUCUUCUACUGGUUUCGUUUUCUGCUGUUUCCUCCUUCCGCUCGCCGUCUCCUCCUCUUUUCUCCGUUUGCCUCCCAGAAUGUUUGGUUCUAAACGCCGACUGUCCCGUUGGGUUUUCAUGGUGUUUCUCCUCCCGGAUCGAUGGAAAUGAAGUUCAUG